CAUAAUCUAAUUAGUUGCUACUGCGACAAUAAAAAAGAAUUGUGCGUUUAAAAAAAAAAUGGAAAAUAUAUAAACGCACUGUAAACUUAUGUAAACAUAAAUAUACACACACACUGCGUAACUUCGUGCGACUUCGGGCGGCGGCAUCGGGCGUUAACGAAUACCGACGAACGUUGCCGAUCAGUCGGUACCACAGACAGAUUGAUAGGUAUGAUAGUGUGGAUGUGUAGUUGUGUACAAGCCGCCCGACGUGGUGGAACGUAAGUUUUGUGUGCGUCCCGGGGCCGCUGGGCCAAAAAUGGCGGAACGGACGAAGGUGACGGCCCCGGCUACCCGGCCCGUUCCAAUGAAGCUGUUUGCUACCUGGGAAGUGGACCGCACGCCUCCGAAUUGCAUACCCAGGUUGUGUUCUUUGACAUUAACUCGGCUAGUGAUACUCCGGCCAUUGGGUUCGGACUUGGCGUCCAUUAGCAUCGCAGUUAAGAUGCAAAGUUCCAAGAGAACAUUACGCUCCAACGAAAUGGCUAUUCCAACUGGCGGCAUACUCGACACAGAACUAGAGUUACAAUUCGCGCUUCAGUACCCGCAUUUUCUCAAGAGAGACGGCAAUAAACUUCUGAUAUUACUGCAAAGACGAAAACGAUAUAAGAACCGCACGAUGCUCGGGUAUAAAACACUCGCGGAAGGAAUCAUCAAUAUGGCACAAGUGCUGCAGAAGCAAAUGGAUCUCGAAUUGGAACUUAUAUCGGACAAGGCGGAGAAGUACGGCGGCCAUGCAGUCCCGCUAGCGCGCGUGAAUGUCGUCGCUCUGAGCUCCCAGCCGGUUGAUCACGACAAAAGACUGAUAAACGAUCCCAACGAGAGGCUCGGCCCAGAGUUCAGUGACGAGGAGGAAGAAUUCAGUUCGGAGGGCGAGGCGGAAGGUAGCGACAGCGAACCCACGUUGGAAGUGCACAGGCGGAAGAGUCGCGCCAAGAUCCCAACAAAUGCCAGGCAAAGAAACUUAAAGCAAAAAUUCAUAGCUCUGUUAAAGCGGUUUAGAGUAUCCGAGGAGUUGGAACACGAUCAAGAAGAAAUAGGACAAAAAUUGUCAGGUGGCGAUAUGGAAAUAGAAGAAUUGUUUGACGAAUUAGAAGACUUGUCGGACAGUGGACCAGAAUUGGACACCAUGUCUGUUAGUAGUACACCAAAACCGUCGUUAAGACCUUUUUUCAGCUCUAGUCGAUCUCUUCUUGUGCCACCUCAUUCUGUAGUAACCAGCGAGGACACUGGAACUGUCUCGACGACUGCCACAAGUCAACAACCCGUGAGUCAACUAACUAAGGAGAAGCAUCGUAUUGGACACACCACUCCAGAACGUGGCGUGGACAGGCAAAGCGAUGACAGCUCCCGAAGAGCCGAUAGUGAUUCUCAUCCUGAGAAUUGGACGGAUCACGAGGCAAAUGAUCCGCCGAAUUACGUAGCGGGAUCGCCGCCAAAAUCGGAGCAGCCUAACAAAACCGAAGGUUCCGAGAGAAGAAGCAGACUUUUUGCGCGCGACAGGGGAACGCCCGGAAGUAAUAAAUCUAAAAAGCACAGUCUGAGCGUUGAUUUGAAACCUUCAUCCGAUUUAAAUACUGAGCCGAGAAGAGCUUUAGUUGAGCAACUCGGUCGAGUAUUACCAGACGAUAGUUUGCCGGAAGCCGUGUCGCUCGUAUCGAUAGCGGAUCCCGGUGGUGCGGUUCUUGCCGCGAGACUCCAAGAAAGGAAUCUUAAAGUUUUGACGACGGCUUCUCCGGCUGAUAUUCGUGCAACGUUUACGUGUCUAGUAGCACGAAUACAAAAAUUUUGCAACAGUUCCGCAAAACCGCCGGCACCCAUAAAAGUGAUUAUUGCUGGUGGAGACAGCUUCAUAAACGCGGUUCUCCGUCACUACGUUGAUUUGUUAAGCUUUAAGCCGCCGGAUUGGCAAAAUUAUAUGAAGUUCUUGGUGGUGCCACUCGGUUCGAACACGUUAACGAAAUAUUUAAGCUCUAUCGACUUGAAAUAUUCCAUGCUAUUCGGAGAUGAAUGGAAAGAGGUACUGGAAAGAGAAGGCGGCGGAUCGAGUGAAAGUGCAGCGCGCGUAUCAGAAUAUCUGGCGGCAUCAAACACGGUUCUAUUGCUACCUAUUGCUGAAGCUAUGGUUACAUACAGGGAAACUGAUGACAGCAGUCAAAUUUUUAUUCCCUUUAUAAACGAUGUUCGUGUGGGUUGCCCGGACAGCAGUUCUUCCGCAUCUGUUGACCUGGAAGAAAGUAACAUCAGCAUGUCUGGCUCUCCACCUUCUUUGCCUCCUUCUACGUUACCCAUUCCACCUCCCGGGAAGUUAACACCACCUAGCAGUCCUAACGUAGGACAGCCCGCAAGAGAAGGAUGGGAACCAGUUGAACUUCAGCUGGAUUAUUGGGGUAAACAGACUCAAGGUGAAAAAGGAAAGAACACGUUGCGCCAAGCUUUCAGAGCGUUACAUGUGCAAAGACUUCCCUCGUUAGGCGAAGCUCCUGGACACCAUUUGUCUAUGAAUUACACCACAAAAGAGAAAAAGCAAAAAAUAAUGAGGCUGGGAAAAAAGAAAGAGAAAGAAAAAGAAAGUGAGCCAAAGAGUCAAACGGUAGAUGGCGUAACACGUCUCAUAUGUUCUGCAAAAACUCACAACAUUCCAUUGAGAGUGAGUAUUGACGGUACCGAAUGGUACGGAGUAAAAUUCUUCCAACUAUCAGCGCAAUGGCAAACGCACAUCAAGACGUUUCCUAUAGCAUUAUUGGAAUAUAAUCCUCAACAACAAAUCUCAACCGCUACAUAAAUUUUUGUUGUUUUUUAUGAAGACUUCUGGUAACUCACAUAUUUUGCAUCAUUAUCGAUAACCAACAUUUGACUCGUUUCGAAUGGGAAAAAAAAAAAAACGAUAAUAUCAACUUCUUAAGACUGCCCGGUAAGAACUAGAAUUAUAGCAGAUGUUAUAAAUUUCUGAUUUUGAGAUGCGUAUUCAUUCCAUUAAUUGAUAAUAACGAUAGAGAGAGUGAUGAACAUACUCGGGAUACUCCUAUACAUACAACGUGUAUAGUGUGAUAAAUAGAUAUUGUGUCUACAGAUGAUUUAUAAAGUACAUGCUCAUACUCUACGUUGAAAUUACGUUAAAAUUAUAUGUAGAUGUGUGUCUUUCUCUUUCUCUCUCUUUUUCAUAGAUAUAUAAGUUGCAUCAAUAUGAGAGAGAGAAAGAUUAUAGAAAUUUUGCUAAUAUAUUCUUUCGUCGACAUAUCACAAGCAAUGUUCAUAUAUCGAGUAUAUGCAUUGAUAUGAAGAGUUUUUGGUUGAUUGACAGAGAACACUUGUGUGUUGCAAAAAAUUUUAAUUUGUAACACAUAUGGCAACUUGUCGCUUCUCUAAUUUUACUAAGAUAUAUAUUCUUUUUAAAAAGACGAAAGAUAUUUGUAGAUAUCUAUAGAUCGUUGUGACGUGCAAUUUGUUUGAAUAUAGAGUGUUUUUUCCAGUUAGCGACACAAGAGUAAUUCUGUCUUUGUUUCUCGCUGAAUAUUGAACAAAGACAGAAUGGCUAUUGCGUCGCUAACUGGAAAGCGCCCAUAGUAAGUAAGAAGUGAAGCAAUUUUGCGAUGUGUUCAACGCAUGCAAAACAGAACAGUUUUGUGUUUACAGCACUAAUUUUUUAUUAGAUAUAUAAAAAACAAGAGUGCAUGUAAUUUCGGCACAGCUCGGUGUUUGAAAUAACGUAGAGCAGGCUGUACAUACACAUUUGAACGUUAGAAAAACAACCCGCGCAGAUACUAUAUAUAUAUAAUGCGUUAUUAUAUAUGGAUAAAGUCUGUGAUACAGGCAAACGGAUCUUUAGCGCACAAGAUUAGAAAUUUAUGUGUUGUACAAUGUACUGUAUAAUCGGGAAAGAAACAGAUUAAUGGAAACGAAACUUGUGAAGAUAAUGUGACAAAUAUGUAAAUAAGAAUUCUUAGAAAUUGCUCAUACGUAAUGAUUGUACACACUGUUUUCGUUAUCUGGCUUUCUGAUAUGCUUUUGUACAUUUUAGAUGAGAUUGUUUAACAAAAUUUCUCUGGCCGCGGAAAUUGAAACAUGCGACAUAUAAAUAUUUCCGCUUUAAAAACAAACUUUUAUGAAAAACAUUUUUAUUUUUAUUCAAACAAUUGAAUUAUCUAUUGUUUGUAUAUUAUUUGUUCAUUUUAGUUCUUAAAAAUCUUGCAAGAGGCUUACAAAUUUUUUUACAAGUCAUAUAAAAAAAAUGUUAAAAUGUCUUGAAUGUUAUGUAAGUGCAAAUAUUUGCAAGAGCGAAAAGAGUUACUAUAAGAUAGUCAUAAAAAAAAUCCUCUUUGACUUUUUGUCUUUUUAGAUUUAUAUAAAUGGAGCGACAGUAUAUAAAAACUAGCGUAGAGUACUGUUUUUAGUAAUGAAACUGUCUGACUGCCUAAUGCCAAAUUAAAUGACAAAAGAGCCUAUCUGAUUUGUCUCAACAAGAAAAAAAUGAUGUAACGAUAUCUCUCAAUAACGCAAUUAAAACGAUGACAUUGGUGAUGAUCGUGUCUUGCCAAAGUAAACAUAACGAUGAGAUAUCUCCGUUUGCGCUCCUCUUUCUCGCUAGUCCGCAAUUAGUUGUUAAUGUGUCUCGAGUGAUACAUACGUAGUUGUACGUUUUACAUUGUCUAUGAUUGAUGACAAUGUUCGUCCAAACUAUCGAAUAAAAUAAUGAUCCUUGAUGUAUAUAUUCAAGCGUGCGCGACAAACACACACACACACAUAUAUAUAUACUGAAAAUAGUGUAAAGAAACACGUGGCCAUAAAAUGAUAUAGUCUUUGACGAUAAAACUCACAGCAGUUGUUGAUAAUUAAUUGCGAAUAUAUGUAUUAUUGAUCAAACUCAUCAGAACUGUGUCUAAAACAAAACGAAAAAAAAGAAACAAAACAGGAAAAACCCGUUAUUUUGUAUAUACAUAUGUGCGAGAUACAUAUAUAUGUCUUUAAAAGAGGAAGAUGCAUCUUGUUUCACUGGGCGUGCUGGACUGAAUUCAACAAUUAAACCUGCCAUAUAUAAUUAUUAUUACAUACGCAGAUUCCCGACGUUACAUCGGAUAGGUUUAAAUUUUUUUUGUCUGUUAUUUUAAAAUCCAUAACGUUUUUCUUGUGUGAUAUCUGUGUACUAUUCUCUCUUUAUAUUUGCGCUUUACUGACUUUUUAUUUGCAAGUAUUUUCUUAAAAUAAGAUGCCAAAUCGAACUUGCUGCAUACUAAUUCUUCAUUUGACAUUUAGUUUAUAUUGAACAUACACGGCGAGCGUACAUGUAUUUACACGAAAGAUGUAUAUCGUUAGAUAAAAUGACUCUUUAUAAAAUCAGAAAAACGUAAUUUAAUUUAUUUACGUUUUUGAAGCAAUAUAGAUAGAAAGCGUUUACAAUAGGAAACAAAUUGUCUACUUCUCUUCGAUUUUCACGAGUGUUAUAUGUGCUUCCGAGCUUUGUAAAGUGCACACUACCAAAGAUUUUAGUAGAGUACUCGAAUAUAAGCGCGUAAAACUUUUACGACUUUUACGACUCAAGCAUGAGUACUGUUUCCUUUUUUUUUUUUUUGAUAAGAAUUGUGAAGAAUAGUAGUUCCUGUGUUUAUUAAUUCUAUAAUUGCCGCUUCUUUCCGCGUUUCUCUCUUUAUCACUUAUACAAUUAAGAUAAUUAAAUAAUAUUAAAUUAUUAUGAAUAAUAUAUUAUACUCUUUACAGUCUCGUAAGGUAUAUUUCAAGAGUAGCAAUCGCGUGCUUACAGUCUGAUUGCAAAGGAACGAUAGGAUUCGGGUAGUUUUUCGAAAUGUGCAAAAGUGAAUAAAACACUUUUGUUGGAUGAAUAAUUGAUUGAACACAUGGAAAUAUUUAUAUAUCUAUUGUUUCGUUUGUUUCGAAUAUGAGAAAGAUGAUAUAUAUUCUAUUGCAAAGGACUGUUGGCGUGUUUGUUGUAAGCUUUUCUUAGAAAAUUUUAUUUUUAUUUUAUUAUGUACAGCAAAUUUUAUUGUAUAAGGGCAGGCCAGAGCUCAAGCUCACGAUAAAGCUUACAAUAAUUAAUAAUAAAUUACAAGAAAUAUUAAUUAAUAUAUAUUAAAGCUUUCGAUAAAAAUUAUUAGAUAGUUUCCAACUUUCACGAACGUAGACGUCUUCAUUGUACUUAUUACGCGACGUCUUUUUUUUUUCUUUUCUUUUUUUUUUUUAUUGUGUACAUGUACGAAUUGUUGUCAAUAAUAUUUACAAGAAUUGAAUAAAUAAAAGAUUUGUAAUAUAAAAAGAAAACAAACACUUUACUGGGAAAUAGAUAACAAAGCAAAACAAACUGAAUAAACUAAAGUUGUUCCUAUUAUUUUAUUCGUAUUGUGCAUAUAAAUAAUUUCCAAUUAAUCGAACACAAGAAAAACGUGUAAAGUUUUGUGUGAAAAUUGUUUCUUCGUACCAAAUGUUAUCUGUGUGUGAAUAUACAUAUAUACUGAGUAUUAUGUAAUUCUGAGUAUUAAAUAAUAUCUGAUAUAAAUAUAUACAUAAAUUACAUGUAGAUAUUAACAUAUGUUGAAACAAAAUGAGAACACACGUGCGCGCGCGUGUGUUGAACAAAUAAUUCGAUGUUCAAUGAUAAAUACAUACUUGUUAAAAAUGCUUUUCAAAUGUUUAUACCGAUAUGCUCUAGGAUAUUAUGCAACUCUUACAAUACGUAGAAGAAAACGUGUCGAUAAAAGAAGUGUCUUGACACUUCGCAAUAAAUGUAUCUGUCACGUUGGUGUAUGUGUUGUGAAAUUUUUAUAUUACCCUUUUGAAGAGUGUAUAUUCGAGAGUUUGUGUAAAAAAAUUAUAGAUUUAAUAGAGCAAAAAGCAAAAAAUGAAAAA